AUAAAAUUCCCGUAACGUAAACGACGACUGGGGCCGGACAAGGACUGCCCUCUUUAAGCAUUUGGCCGGUCGCUUAGCUCAUUAAUACGACAUCGUUUUCACUCCCACCGAAAAAUUUCUCCGCCAAUCUCUCUCCCAUUCACGAAUCAAAAUACGCAGCUCGCGCGAAAAUCAGUUCAAUGGCUUCUUCAUUGGACUCAUGGGUAAGGGAAUACAAUGAAGCGGUAAAACUUGCAGAUGAUAUCAGUGGCAUGAUAUCAGAACGGAGUUCGUUACCGGCAUCAGGGCCUGAAACUCAGCGUCAUGCAUCUGCUAUAAGGAGGAAGAUUACAAUAUUGGGGACUAGGCUUGAUAGCUUACAAUCCCUUUUGUCUAAGCUUCCUGGAAAGCAGCCCAUAUCUGAGAAAGAGAUGAAUCGUCGCAAGGACAUGCUUGCUAAUUUGAGAUCAAAAUUGACCCAGAUGGCUUCUACUCUGAACAUGUCAAAUUUUGCCAAUAGGGACAGCUUGUUUGGGCCAGAAAUUAAGCAAGCUGAUCCCAUGAGCAGAACAACUGGCUUGGACAACCAUGGCCUAGUUGGUCUUCAACGACAAAUCAUGAAAGAGCAAGACGAGGGGCUUGAGAAACUGGAGGAGACGGUAAUUAGUACAAAACAUAUUGCAUUGGCAGUCAAUGAAGAACUUGAUCUGCACACAAGACUUAUUGAUGACUUAGACCAACAUGUGGAUGUUACAGACUCUCGCUUACGGCGAGUGCAGAAGAACCUUGCAAUUUUGAAUAAAAAGACGAAGGGUGGUUGCUCUUGUUUGUGCAUGCUUUUGGCUGUAGUCGGGAUCGUUGUUCUGGUUGUUGUCAUCUAUCUCUUGAUCAAAUACUUGUAAUACUGAAAAAUAACGAACACAAAGCAUCUUUGCUUCUGCUCUGUGUGGCCUGGUUUGCUGGCGUUUAUUCUAUUGUAUGUUUGAACCCUUUUUUGAUUGAUUUCAAUGCUUUCUUUUGUACUUUGUGAGCCAAUUGGAAAUGUCUAGGCAUUCAACAACUCUGUAAAUUACAACUUAUUCAUUCCCACUGCUGUGUAUGGCCUGGUUUGCUCGCUUUUAUCCUAUUCGCUGUCUGUUGUAAUAGUGAUCCGACGGUUCACUUCACUUGAAUAUUUAAUCGGAUUACAGGUGACCCUAAAACUAA